UCACAUAUAAUAACAACUUGUUCUUUCCGUUUUCGAUCAAAUAAAUUCUCAUUCAUAAACUCGUCAAAAGACCGCCCACCGUACAUUUAGAUUGAGUCAAACACUAAUUUACCCCUCCCCAGUAUCUUGACGAACACAAGCUAGGCAUCGACGACAACAACAAUUUCUAGGAAUCGAACACGUCGCUUGAUCAAAGAUCAUUUCAUUUUGACUUUCUUCAAAUCUCAAGUUUGCCUGCUCGUAUCUAUCAUAUUGAUUUAAUUUCUACAUUCCUUCUUUGUUUCUUUACUUCUUGGCGACGGUUACUUUAAAAAGAAAAAUCCUGCGACACCUCAUUUAUUUCGGCUGGAGAUGUGAUAUAGUGUCAACAUGGAUAAACAGAAAAUCAACGCCGAUAACUUCCCAGCGACACAGAGUGAUGGAGACACCGCGACGCAGAGUAACGAGGAUGAGGUCAAAGAUAAAUAUUCCAGUCAGGCUCAGAACCAGACAUCAUUCAAGGAUUUUAUGAGAAUUUUUUCAUACUCGACUACGGGUGAUAAGGUCGUAUUGACCAUUGCAUGUCUUGCACAAAUUGGGACUGGAGUUACUUUACCGCUCGUGAACAUUAUUUUUGGUAAACUGGUGGGCAAUUUUUCAGACUACUUUGUACCUGGUACGACUACUACCAAGGCCGAAUUCACCAGUACCAUCAACAACCUUACCUUAUUCGUUACUUACCUGUUCAUCGCAAGAUGGAUUUUGAGUUACAUCUCAAUGUUCACGUUUCGUCUAGUUGGCCUCCGAAUAUCCGCCAAAUUACGACUCAAUUACUUGAAGGCAUUAUUCAGCUUACCUGUUGGUGUCCUUGAUACUCUACCUAGUGGACAGGCAUCAAAUACAAUCACAACUACUGCAAAUACAUUGCAAGUGGGCAUUUCGGAGAAACUGGGAACUAUUUUACAAUAUUUGGCAAUGCUAAUCACAGCCAUCGCAAUUGCAUUCACCUACAGCUGGGCAUUGACUUUAGUAACUAGCUCAGUUCUUCUAUUUGUUGCUUUGGUCUAUGGAACUGUCAUACCAAUUGUUAUGAAAAUGUCAAAAAACAUCGAGCAUGCCGACGAGAAAGCCUCUGGAGUCGCAGGUGAAGUUUUUGGGUCGAUACGAAUGAUUGUAGCGUGUGGUUCUGAAGAUAGGACUGCGAAAAAAUAUUCUGGAUGGGUUGAAGAAUCUCGAAAGCGAACGUUGAAGAUGAGUCCUUGGGUUGGUGUUCAAUUUUCACCACUCAUGUUUGCUAUCUACGCUACAAUGGCAUUAUGCUUUUGGUUCGGCUUUCGGCUUUUCUCAGAAGGCCACCUGGAGAAUGUCGGGACGAUACUAAUUGUAUUAAUGUCCGUGGUGAUGGUUGCAAUGGCAGUGAGUCAAACAGCUGCACCCAUCAUGGCUGCUGGUAAAGCAGCUACAGCAGCAACAGACUUUUUCGCGGUAAUCGACACGCCUAGACCCGAUACCAGUGGGCUCAAAGAGCCUGAGGUAUCAGCCCGUGAAGACAUCACUCUCAACUCCGUUACUUUUGCCUACCCGAGCAGACCCCAUGUCAAGGUUCUCGAUGAUUUAUCGAUGAGUUUUGAAUCUGGUAAAAUCACGGCUAUCGUGGGAGCAUCUGGUUCUGGCAAGAGUACUAUCGUAGGUCUCUUAGAAAGAUGGUACAAUCUCGAGGAGCAACGAAUAGUAAUACCUCCAAGCGCCAUGAAAGACGAGAAAAAAGACAAAAAGAAAGGAGAAGAACAAACAAAUACUCCCGAGGAGUACGAUGAGAAACAGGACCCAGUUGCUCAAUCCGGUAUUAUUGCCUGUGGAAAUAACGAGUUGAGAUCCCUCGACCUCAGAUGGUGGCGAACACAAAUUGGCCUUGUACAACAAGAGCCGUUUAUAUUCAAUGAUACGAUAGCUAAAAAUGUUGAAUAUGGUUUGAUUGGUUCAGAGUGGGAACUCGAAAAUGCCGAAAUGAAGAGGAAGCUUGUUAUAGAGGCAUGUAAAGAAGCUUUUGCUGAUGAGUAUAUCACUAAAUUGCCCUUGGGAUAUGAUACACAAGUUGGUGAUGCUGGUAUCAAGCUAAGCGGUGGACAAAGGCAAAGAUUGGCAAUUGCUAGGAGUAUCAUCAAGCGACCAAAGAUCUUGAUAUUAGACGAAGCUACCAGUGCAAUCGAUGUAAGAGGAGAGCAGAUUGUUCAGGCAGCGCUAGAUAAAGUGAGCGAGGGUAGAACAACAAUCACGAUUGCUCACAGACUUUCAACAAUCAAAAAGGCUGACAAGAUUGUGGUCCUGAGGAAGGGAAAACUUGUCGAAGAGGGAACCCAUGAGGGAUUACUUUCUAACCCGGACGGCGCAUAUAGUGCUCUCGUCAAUGCCCAACAGUUAUCUCUAGGGGAUGUUUAUCAAGAGGAGUCCAAUUUAGUGGAGACAAUGGACCCCUUGAUACGGGAUAUGAGUGUGGCUGAAAAGGAGAAAGAACAAAAGAAAGCAGUGGCAUACAAACCCAAGGGUCUCACCAGAAGUCUCGGACUUUUUCUGUACGAGCAACGCGCUCGAUCGCAAUGGUACCUGAUGCUUGCCAUAGGUGCUAUAGCUGCUGGGGCCGCUUAUCCUAUUCAAGCUUAUCUAUUUGCACAGAUCAUUUCAGUGUUUUCAUUGACUGGACCCAGACUUAAGGCUGCCACAGAACACUACGCCUUAAUGUUCUUCGUUCUUGGAUUGGGUGCUGGUAUGGCUUGGUUCAUCAUGGGCUAUUCAUCAACCAUCAUAUCUGGCCACAUCACUUCCACAUACCGUCAAGAGUACUUUGAGAGUAUUUUACAUAAGCCGAUUGCCUUUUUUGACGCAGAGGAAAACUCCAGUGGUGAACUCACUGGUCGUGUCGCCAAUGAUCCAACACAACUUCAACAACUACUUGGUAUUAAUAUGGCCAUGGUGCUGACGGCGAUUUGUAACAUUACUGGUUGCAUCAUAAUCGCUUUUGUGUUUGGCUGGAAGCUGACUUGCGUGGUGGCCUUUGUCGCCCUUCCUUUAUUGAUUUGCGGCAGUUUUUAUCGCAUUCGGUAUGAAAUUCAAUUUGAGAAGAUGAACCAAGCAGUCUUUGCUGAAAGUUCAAAAUUUGCGGCCGAAGCAAUCUCUGCAUUUCGAACAGUCACCUCGCUGACCUUGGAGGAUAUGAUUUGCAUCCGUUAUGAGGAGCUGCUGAAGUGGCAUGUAAAGGGGCACGCCAAGAAGAGCAGAUAUUCAUCGAUUGUCUUCGCCGCUAGCGAGAGUUUGGGGCUGGGGUGUAUGGCUUUAGCAUUUUGGUAUGGUGGUAGCCUCCUUGCUUCAAGAGAAUAUGGUCCAGUCAACUUUUUUGUGGUCUAUAUUGCUAUAAUAAACGGUGCUGAGAGCGCUGGAAGUCUCUUGAGUUUUGGUCCUAAUAUGGCACAAGCAUCGGCAGCAGCAAACAGAAUAUUGAGUUUUAGGCUACCGCCAAAAAUAACUGGAAAAUCAGCGUCGCAAAUCCAGAACAUAGAGGGCGGGGUGAAGAUUGAAUUGAAAAAUGUCUGGUUCAAGUACCCCACUCGUGAUGUUCCAAUAUUUACUGGUUUGAAUAUCACGAUUAAGAAAGGCCAAUUUGCUGCGUUGGUUGGGCCUUCAGGCUGUGGAAAAACAUCAAUUGUCAGUCUCCUUGAAAGAUUCUACGAUGUUCAGAAGGGUAAAAUAUUAUGUAACGACACCGAUAUCUCCGAACUUGAUAUUCGAGAAUACCGGAAAAUGAUCUCGCUCGUAGCACAGGAGCCUAUUUUGUUUGAAGGUACCAUCAAAGAGAACAUAUAUUUAGGAGUUGAUGAGUCGACUCCAGAAGAAACCCUCCAUAAAGUCUGCCGUGAUGCCGAAAUUCACGACUUUAUCAUGUCUCUCCCUGAUGGUUACAAUACUAAUGUCGGUACCAAGGGAGUUGCUCUCUCAGGAGGACAAAAACAACGGAUAUCAAUAGCUCGUGCGCUUAUUCGCAAUCCCAAGAUUCUUCUUCUUGACGAAGCAACAUCUAGUCUGGAUUCCGAGAGCGAAAAGCUCGUACAAGCAGCAUUUGAACGGGCGGCAACAGGUAGAACAAUGGUUGUCGUAGCACAUCGACUAGCCACUGUGCAGAAUGCAGAUGUGAUUUUUGUGUUGGGUGAAGGUAGGGUAUUGGAAGUGGGAGAUCAUGCAGCGUUGUUACGGAAGAAAGGUGUAUAUUAUCAAAUGUGUCAAUCUCAAGCACUUGACCGAUAAACAGCAAAACGCCAGGAAGCAAAACAUAUCUCUCAGCUCAGCUUUCUUGCAUUAGAAGUAUUAAUUUCCAACUAUACGAGUGGGUAGAGAACAAAUGAAUUCCACUUAAAUUCUGUACAAUCACGAUGUAUAAUCUAGAAUCCUCUCACAUAUCCAUCAACCUAUGAGCUGGCAUUUUGAGCUCGAUCAAUGUCCAAUUCAUGGUUUUUCAUACGCUCCGACUUAGGAGGGACUUUUUUGUAGGUGAUUGUAAGAUUUUAAAUUGGCUGGUUCUUGGUUGAUGGUGGUGGAAUUGAGUAGGUACUUGAGAGGUAAUCGAGAGGUAAUCGUGAAUUUGAGGUUCAAUUAAAUAGUACACCGAGUCGUGAUUUCGACCCACGCUAUCCACUAUUAUUACAUACCCACCGUGCACUUAACUCACUGCACGAGGGAGGAGCUUUGGCUGGGCCAAUAUGGUGGGGAGGAAAGAGAGGUGAUUGCCACAUUUGGUAGAGAUGCAUUACUGGCGCCGGGUAGAAAAGAAUGGGUCGGAUAGUUGCUACUUGCAAUGGGUUCGAACUUUGAACAUGUAUUGGAGGGAGAUUGGAAGUAGAGAUUCAUUGAUUGAUUGAUCGAAGGGAUGAAUAUUUCAGCUUGAAUGGAACAAAUGCAACUUGACUCAAUCUACCGGCAAGAAGCAAGUUCGUCAUGUCAAACUCCGAAUCCAAUCAUCCAAGAGUAUCUCUCAUGUAAGGUGAAGAACUCCAUGAGAGGCUUUGAUAUUCACCGCCCUGAAAUGUUAAAAACUGUAAAUAAUCGGGGUCUCCUUGGGGAUCCAUCGAGAGAAACCCACCGACAACAAUGU